AUGGGUAACAUUCAUCAAGGCUAUUCAUGGGAGGAAGAGCGCUUGACCCUUGGGAGGCGGGUGGUAAAAUAUGUGGGGCUUCGAGUCGAAUUGUUGGCUCUAUCAGUCAUCUACAAUGCAAAUAUCGAAGUUGACGAUAGCGGAAGCAGCGACGAUGUUUUGGAUUUCGCGGUGGUGAAAUACAUGGACGCGGUGGAGUUACCACUUCCAGCUGCUAUUGUUACAAAGAUCAUGAGAUCGUCAGGUUGCAGUGGUGGAGGUGGGGUUACUAGGGUGGAGUUGCUAGGGAAUCAAUCGGAGCGUGAAACGUGCAGUGGCUCAUUUCUUCCGGAGAAAGAUGACAACUGUAAUGCCAAUGGUUCAAGACCAGUUUUCUGGAACAAGAUGUCAGAAGAGGACCUCUACAGGUCAACCGGUCAACUGUCCAGUCAUCGUAGUGAAGAAACAUUUGUUGACCAUGAUAUGGCCUCUGUACCAGAGGCUAAACAAUCACACAGAAAGUCUGGGAAAUCAUCUAGAAGCAAUGGAAGUAGUUCUAAAAGGUCACGAGCAGCACAUAUGGAAGCUUCCAUGAAUCUAACAGGAGUAAUCGAAGCAAAUGAUCCACAAAAGGAGCAAGGAUCUUCUUAUCCUGGAAAAUACAACGUUUCAGCUAAACAGAAAACAACUGUAUCUGGGAAACGAAGCGAUAAAAGAAAUGGCAAAAUUCCUAAAAGCAAAUGUGAUUCUUUUUCUGUAAAAGCAGGCUUGUCAAGCUUCAGUUCAUCCGCUGGUGGAAACAACAUACUUGGGGUAUAUGGUUCGAAACAUGAUAUAUGCGAUUUUGGAAAGCAUUUGGAUGAAGUGUCACUGAAUGAGCUUCUUGAUGGUAGUUACAAGUGUCCUGAUUCCAUGAAAGACAAGGAAAAGAAAACAGAAGCUGUAAAUGGAAGAAUUUUGCUAUCAGUUAGAGAAGCUUGCUCAAUUCUUCAACUUAAGAAGCCUGGUCAAACUAGUCAAACCCCAAAUGUGGCACCUGUAGAUGGAAAUCAUAAUCAUAAUCAUAAUGCUUCUUCUUCUUCCUUACCAAAUGCUGCCAUUUCUGGAGCUAACAUGAAUGAUGACAAUAAAGGAGAUGCAGGAGAUCCAUCUUCUUGUAAAAAGGUUGCUGUUACUGAUCACACAAAUAUACUUCAAUUCCCGUUAUUUCCACCAAAAGAUGUUUUAGAUCGCCUCUCUCUUCUUCCACCCAAGGAUCUCGAUCUUAUGCUCCUCGAUAGCAUGAAACCUACUUCAACCUCAAAAGUACAAAACGGAGGUAGUUUACCAACAUUUCCAUGGUCACAUAUCUCGGGAGGCCAUUUUAAAGCUAACCCUGAUGUGGUCAAGUCAACCCCAAGUAAAAGUACAUGUCAAGGCAGAUGGGCCAAAAUGGGGAAAACAAAUACUUCAUCAGGAGACACAACAACUACAAAAACUUAUCUUGCAGAUUUUGAGUCUUUAACUUAUAAUGAAAACCUAGUUCCAUUAGGUCGUAAAUGGAUGGGGCCCACCGAAAAUGAAAAAUCUCAACUACCAUCUACCAGUAAUGCAAUGGUUGAUCGUGGGGCUUCUAAAAAUCCAGGUGGGAAUUCUGCAGGGGUAUUAUCUGCUGCGCAGACAUUAUGCGACAUUGCAGCGCGCUAUCGCAAGCAAGAUCAAAUCGGGACCGUUAGAUGGCAAAAGAAAUCAUCUUCCCAAAAAUCCAUAAGACAAACGACAACAACCACCGCCAAAUUAAUGUCGGAUGAAAAACUAGAAAAAGCAUUAUUCGCGAUCCCAUCUUCACGACCUGUUGUGGGUCCCACCAGUGACAUCAAGACACAUGCUCAAAAGAAACUCCGUGUCUCCACAAAUGACCCCACAAACAAAGCGGCGCAUUACCAUUGGCCAACCACUACGCCGCAAUCCAGCAGAUCGUCACCCAAUAAAUCUUUCAAGAAUGUAUCCAUGGAACAAAGCAACAGUAGCCCGAUGAAGAGAUCCAUCACAACAACUCCACCUGGGAAAUUACUAAAUAAGCCUCCAAAGCUUCGGAAACUUGUACCAAUGGAGUGGAAAAGCAGCAGGGGUGACCAAAAAGGUAAUGGGAAUGGGAAGUAUUAAAAAGUUUGAUUCUUUUUGGUUAAUUAAUUAUGUUGUUGGUAGUUCGUUGUAUCUUUUUUUUUUUUGGUUAUGAAUUUGGUAGUUUGGUGUACAUAAUUUUAGGGUUUAUGGUGUUGGUGUAGUAAGUAGUACAGGAAAGGGAAAGUUUCCCUUGUUGGGUGUACAUCAUUGAAGGAGAGAGACUUUUGGUUUCUUUCUUUGGCUCCCAUCAUGCUUGUUGUAACUAUAUAUGUAACAGGACUGGAGGGAUAAAAAAAUUUCACCUUUUUUUUUUU